GCCGGGAGGCUGGAUCUCUUCGCCGUGCCCCUCGCGGGCUCGCCGGGACUUGUCGCGCCGGUAGCGCUCUCCUUGCAGCUCCCGGCUGGGAGGAAGGGGGCCGGCCGGACUCCCCGCGUCUUGCUACUUCUUUGGCCCCUGAAGCCGGAAAGGCUCGACGCGCCCCGCACUCCCGUGAGCGAUGAGGCGCCUGAGUCGCCGGCUGGCUUUGUCCGUCUUGGGCGUCCUGUGGAUCGCGGCUCUCCUCCUCUUCUUCGGGACCAGGAAGAAGUCCGAAGUGGUGGGACCCGAAGGGCAGACCCCCAAGCAGGGCUCCGAUAUUGACUGGGAUGACCUCUGGGAUCAGUUUGAAGAAAGAAAGUACCUGAGUGCCCGGAAAUGGAAGGGUGGAGAGGAUCCAUAUCGGCUUUAUGCCUUCAACCAGAGGGAAAGUGAGAGGAUUCCCAGUGAUCGUGCUAUUCGUGACACUAGACACCACAGAUGCACUACUUUGCACUAUCGUAAAGAUCUGCCGCCAACUAGCAUCAUUAUCACCUUUCAUAAUGAAGCCAGGUCAACACUACUAAGAACCAUAAGAAGUGUUCUGAACCGAACCCCUGUGCAUCUAGUCCAUGAAAUCAUAUUGGUGGACGACUUCAGUGAUGAUCCGGAUGAUUGCCAUUUGCUGGUCAAGCUACCUAAGGUGAAAUGUCUACGCAACAGACAGAGAGAAGGUUUGAUCCGGUCCCGCCUUCGAGGAGCAGAUGUGGCACAGGCAGGAGUCCUGACUUUCUUAGACAGUCACUGUGAGGUGAACAAGGACUGGUUGCUGCCUCUUUUGCAGAGGAUCAAAGAGGAUCCAGUCCAUGUGGUGAGUCCUGUUAUUGACAUCAUCAACUUGGACACUUUUGCUUACGUGGCAGCUUCUUCAGACUUGAGAGGAGGGUUUGAUUGGAGCCUACAUUUUAAAUGGGAACAACUUUCUCCAGAGCAGAAGGCAAAGCGAACUGACCCUACAGAGCCCAUCAAGACUCCUAUCAUUGCAGGGGGACUUUUUGUGAUUGACAAGGCAUGGUUCAACCAUCUUGGGAAAUAUGACCCUGCCAUGGAUAUCUGGGGUGGAGAGAACUUUGAAAUCUCAUUCCGGGUGUGGAUGUGUGGAGGAAGCUUGGAAAUCAUCCCCUGUAGUCGGGUCGGACACGUCUUCCGAAAGAAGCAUCCCUACGUCUUCCCUGAGGGAAAUGCUAACACCUAUAUAAAAAACACCAAGCGCACAGCAGAAGUGUGGAUGGAUGAGUAUAAGCAGUAUUAUUAUGCUGCCCGGCCUGCGGCUCAAGGGAGGCCAUAUGGAGACAUCCAGAGCAGAGUGGAGUUAAGAAAGGCCUUGAAAUGUCAUACCUUCAAGUGGUAUCUGGAAAAUGUUUAUCCAGAACUUAGAAUUCCUGAGGAAUCACUCUAUCAAUCUGGAAUAAUACGGCAGAGACAGAGAUGCCUGGAAUCCCAGAAAGCUGAAGGACAGGAGUUGCCGGUAGUGAUCCUGAACCCCUGCAUUGUCAGCAAGACCACAGCUGCAGUGGCACAGGAAUGGACAUACACUUACAACCAGCAAGUCCGUCAUAGUCAAUUAUGCUUGUCGAUACAAACCCUCUUUCCAGGUUCCCAGGUGGUGCUCUUACCUUGUAAAGAAGGAGAUGGAAAGCAGCGAUGGAGUAAAAUUGGUUCUCACAUUGAGCAUGUGGCCACACGUUACUGCCUGGACACUGAAAUGGUGGGGGACACCAAUGAAAACAUGAGAGAAGUUGUGAUUAACCCUUGCGAGAGCACAGCCAUGAGUCAACGGUGGGAGAUGGUGAUGUCCUGACCAUGCCUGGCAAUAUGACAACAAAUUUUGUCAGGAAGAGCUUUGCAAAGAACAGCCAAAGCCAUUGUACAAGCUUUGGGGGUGGGGUGGGGGCUUGCCUUAUAAUAGGGCACAAGCCAAAGAAUAAGGACACGCAGCUGUGCCUAGGUUAAAUAAAGCACAUAAGUGCUGGCUCUGAGAGCCAUAGCAGUAAUUGGGCCCAGUGGGGCUGUAUACCCAUAUGGUUAAGAACAACACAAUCUGAACAUUUCUUUCAAUAAUAUCCCUCAUCUGGAAUUGAAGCAGGAAAGGCUUCUCAUUUUUGAGAAGGGAAAAAUGCUGAAAUCAGUAAAUGCGGUAUUUAUUUUUGUCAUUGGCAAGGUGGUGGGACAGCCUUGGCUAGUAAUUGGGAAGACGGGUGAGGGAAGAGAGUUAUCUAGUUGUUAUGGGAGAACAGAAAUGAACAUGUUGGGAAUUAGCUGAAAUGGCCAACUAAUCUUGCACUUUUGAUUGAUGUAACUGAGCACAUCUCUGGAAGAGUGCCAGAUCUAACCUAUAUUGCACAUUAUAAUUUGUUUGUGAUUGAUGUAUUUGUUGUGUGCUAGAUACUGUGUAUGUCUGGCAGAAGAAUGAGAAAAAAGUGAAUGCCUGUGUUGCUGCCUGAGAGAUGUGGUCAAAAUCUGUACAGUACACAUGGAGAGGGUCAUGUUUAUACCUGCUACACAAAGCUUUCUUCUAGAUUUUGGUAGAUCCUGGGCAAGAAACCAUCAGUGCCCUCUCCUUAAUUGGCAGUGGAUGGAGGAGGAGGACAGGGUGCACUCCGACUUUGUACCAAAUCCCCUACUUACUGUGUAACUGAGCCUUCAUACUCAUUCUCUCCCCCCUCCCCCCUCCCCCAUUGAGAGCUGACAUGAUGAACAAACACUCUGGGAAAUGCAGGGGGUAGAGCUGCUUUAUACAAAGCAUCUGGGAAUACUGAAAGCAGAGAGAGACUGAUGUUGCUUCUGACAUUCCCAGGUGCUCUGUGCAAAGUAAAAAUUGUUCUUUGCUCAAUGGUCUUCUUUUGAAGUUUUUCAAGUGGCCCAUCUUUGCCAACUGACAGUAUUUGCUAUGCUACUACUGAGAUCUGCUAAUCUCUUCAUUGCACAACUACACCACUAACUGUGAAAUCCUAUCAGAGUUACUCCAGUUUAAGCCUGUGACGGACCCCUUUACUCUCCCAUCUGUAAUAACAUUCAAAAAGAGGUAGUUUUAUUUAACAGGCAGGAAUUGAGUAAAAGUAAUUGGGAUGAAAAUGCAGAAGUAAAUUUUUGUUGGUACUACAGAAUACACUUCUCGUAACAGACAAAAUAGUAUCCUUGAAGCUUAUUUUCAUAUAUUCUUGGUUCUUAACAGCGAGAGGUGUUUUACUUUAGAUACAGCAACAAUGUUUCUUCAGAAAGUUUCUUAUGACAGUUCAGGUUUCCUGGAGUUAGUUUAAAACCUUUUUCUCUUCACAUGACCUGGAGUUCUCCUCAAGAGAUACCUCCCCCCUUAGAAACUGGAUAGGAAUUAAUCUUCUCCUCUGAAGAUAUAACCAUUCUUCUUUUAGCUUGAAAUGGAGUCUGAACCCUCUACUCAGUCACUCUUGCCAAAACAGAUUCCCAGUUCUCUGGUGUCUGUAUAAAGCAUACUUCAGUUUAUGCUGACACUUAGUGUCUCUCUACACAAGACUUCUGACGCAUGUUCUUCAUGUUUUGGGAGACACAAUGUUAGCUGGAAAGCAUAAUUUUAAAUGACAGGGCUGGGGGAGAUUUCUCUGGAGGGGACGGAUUCUCUCACAGCCCUCUGCUGCUUCUGGCAUGCUGGACUGUCUUCCCUUACAGAGUAUUUGCCCUGUUGAGGCUCAGUUAAUUCAAAGUUUUAAGCAGCAAGAGUGGCAGGGCAAAGGCUCCAGAAGGGGAUACAGUCUGGUAUGCCAGA